AUGGUUUUAGUUUUAGUAUAUGCAAGCAGCGGCGCGGAGCCCCAAGUUGCCGUUCUAUGCGAGGCAGGGGGGACUUACCACCCUCAGUACAUGUCCGCCGCAGGCCGAUGGACACCCGACCUUACCACCAAGCCUCACAACUGCUUAAAGGACAAGAUGGAGAUUCUCGACUACUGCAAGAAGGUAUACCCAAGCCACGACAUCACGAACAUCGUUGAAGCCUCCCACUACGUGAAGGUUAGCAACUGGUGCAAGCUGGGCACUAGCAAUGGUGCGAAGUGCAAGGUUACCCGAUGGGUGAAACCGUUCCGUUGUCUUGAAGGUCCAUUCCAAUCGGAUGCGCUGCUAGUACCAGAAAGCUGCCUUUUCGACCACAUCCACAACCAGUCGCGCUGCUGGCAGUUCGCGAGGUGGAACAACACUGCCGGACGCGCUUGCGCACAACGAGGACUCAAGCUCAGGACCUUUGCCAUGUUACUGCCAUGUGGAAUCAGCCUGUUCUCUGGUGUUGAGUUCGUCUGCUGCCCAAAGCACUUUAAAGAAAACGUAAAAAUGCAUAAGCCGAUGGAUGUUGGAGUACCCGUGAGCCCUGGAGGUGAAGAGAUGCUGGCAGCUUCAGCAGCUAUGGACGAGCGAGAUGAUGACUUGCUGGAUGAUGAUGAUGCUCUGGACGAUGAUGAAGAUGACGAUACUCUUAACCUUAGCGAUGAUGAUGACAAUGACGACACUGAUGAUGACAUGGACGAAGAUGAAGAUGCAGACCUGUCUCGUGAUGACGACGCUGAAGACGAUGACUACACCGAUGGUGAUGACAGCGCUUGGCCCCGGCCUGAGACUUCUUCACCACCUUCCACCACCACCAGUAGCACUACUACUACCACAACUACUACGGCCUCUACAGCGACUUCGGACCCUUACUUCUCACAUUUCGACCCUCGCACAGAGCAUCAGAGCUACAAGGAUGCUCAGCAGAGGCUUGAAGAAACUCACCGUGAAAAGAUCACCAAGGUUAUGAAGGAGUGGUCUGAGCUCGAAGACCGGUACCAACAAAUGAUGAACACCGAUCCUGCCGCCGCACAAACCUUCCGUCAACGUAUGACUGCUAAGUUCCAGGCAAAUAUUCAAUCUUUGGAAGAGGAAGGUGUUGCGGAACGUCGUCGUUUGGCCGCCCUGCAUCAGCAACGUGUUCUGGCACAUCUCGCACAACGCCGCCGUACCGCGCUCGCCUGCUACACUCGUUCACUCCGGGAUACACCACCAAAUGCUCACCGCGUCCAGAAAUGCCUUCAGCGUCUUGUCCGCGCUCUGGCCGCUGAACGAAGCGGUGCUCUCGCUGCCUGGCGCCGCGCUGCCGCCGCCGGACGUGAGGCCGCCGCUGCUGAACGAGCUAGCGCUGCUGACAGAUUACAGGAUGCCGACCGUGCACUCCAGCGAGCCCUUACAUCUCUCCGACGCCGCCCUCAUCUCUACGCUAGCAUUGGUACCGCUAUUGAAGAUUAUGUUCAGUCCAUGCAAUCUAAAGACGACAUGGCCGUAUCCCUGAUGUCCAUGACUCCUGAGGCUGAGGAACUAUUACUGGACCGCAUCGAAGCUGAAGUACAACGUGAACAGGCUGCCCGGGAUCAGUUGAACGUGAAGCGUGAUCAGCGCACCAGGCAACGGCAGGACAUCCAGAACGAACGGGCCAAGACUUCAAACGGAGUAAAAGAUAGUCUGGAAUCGGAUGACGAAGCCAGUGAGGCCAGUGAAAUUGAAGACAAUGCAUUGUCAAGCAGCACUCGCAGUCCUUUGACCGUAGUAUCAGCAUCUGCAUCACCUUCAUCGGCUCCAGCCUCUCUGCCACCUGCGCUUGCCUCAAAUACACCACGUGAUAUCACCACUCGCUCUGCCGUAUCACAGGACACUACGAGCACCGAAAUCAUCACGAGCACAGUAACCGAUAUGCCGGAAAGCGAGACUGCUGAAACUGUCGAGGUUAGCGAGACUUCCAGCCGCCGAUCCACUAGCGAGACGGAGGGCGAAGGUCUGCGCGCAGCUCUAGAGCACGCUGAAGAGCGCGCUCCCCCACCACCUGCUCACGCUCUCAAGCAUGAGCUGCAGCACUCGCAGCCAGGCUACACAGUGCGCGGCACGGCCCCGGGCGGGUCGGGCGGCGCGGGCGCGCUGUACCCGGCGCUGUGCGUGGGCGGGGCGGCGCUCGCGGCCGCCGCCUGUGUGGCGCUUGCCGUGGCGCGCCGCCGCGACCGCGCACCGCCUGCGCAGGGCUUUGUGCAGGUUGAACAGACAGGUGCUGUGGCGCCGACUCCCGAGGAGCGACACGUGGCCAACAUGCAGAUCAACGGCUACGAGAAUCCUACCUACAAGUACUUCGAGGUCAAAGAGUAA